UACGAAAAAAAUGCUUGAUUAAAGUUGAUUCAUGCUUCAAUAUAGAACGCACCUCUGAGUGGUUGAGGUUUUCACACCGAAAGUUGGUGGUUGUGUGUGCAUGUUGUAUUUGGAUGGUGGUCUAAAUAAUUUCUAUUCAUUCCAGUUCACUUAAAUUACAUUCAAUUUCUAAACAAUGUCUGGUAUUGCCAUUGCAAGACUUGCUGAGGAAAGAAAAGCAUGGCGUAAGGACCAUCCAUUUGGAUUUGUAGCUCGCCCAGCCAAAAAUCCAGACCAAUCUUUAAAUCUUAUGGUGUGGGAGUGCGCCAUCCCAGGAAAGAAAGGGACUCCAUGGGAGGGAGGCCAGUACAAACUUCGUAUGAUCUUCAAAGAAGACUAUCCAUCAACCCCUCCAAAGUGCAAGUUUGAACCACCUCUUUUCCACCCUAAUGUUUACCCAUCAGGAACAGUGUGCCUCUCCCUAUUAGAUGAAGAAAAAGACUGGAGGUCUGCUAUUACUAUCAAGCAGAUCUUAUUGGGAAUCCAAGACCUUCUUAAUGAGCCUAACAUCAAGGAUCCUGCUCAGGCAGAAGCCUACACUAUCUAUUGCCAAAAUCGUUUGGAGUAUGAAAAGAGAGUUCGAGCUCAAGCAAGGGCAAUGGCCCCCCAGGAAUAAUUCACCUGAUUAUCUCUUUCAUCAUUUCAUGACUGAAAACAGUUUUGCAUCAUAAGCAAAUCUGUGGUGAAUUUUGGUUCAUCAUAUCUUAACUGUUAAUGUUUUAAACUUAAGCAAUUUUAUUUUACUAUUAUGGCUGCAACACUUCAGUCUAGCAGUAUUUUGAAACCAGUGUCAGCACAAAUGGCUACAAACUGUGUUUCCUGAUGAAAAAUAUGAAUUCAUUUAAAAAGAUACUUUUUUUCCUUUCAUUAUUUCAUUAUUAUUUAAGAAAUUAGGCUUAAGGUUUGUGUAUAAAAUUGUCUCCAAAUUUGGAA